AAAAAAAAAAAAAAAAACAACAAUGGAUGAUAUGUAUCAAUAUGCUGCUUCGGCAGUGGACAAUAAACCUGUAGUAGCAGAAGAAGAUGAUGUGAUUAUCAAAACAUUUAAUAAUUUUGGCUGGGGUAAAAAAUGGACUAACCUAGUGGAUACUGUGAAGAAACAGAGUGAAGCUUUUGUUGAAGGAACCAAAAAGGAUCUUCAAGAGUUUGCUCAAGUGUUAACAGAAGACGCUGAAGAAGAAGAACAAGAGCAGACAAGAGGAGUAGAUGAAGAAGAACAUGGUGCACUUUCAGCCAUACGUGAUAACCUGGCCAAGAUUAACACAGUCAACUUGACAAGUCUGAGAGAAGGCCUUACUCAAACACUCAACCAGACUUUACCUAAUCAAAUUAAAUCAGUUCAUCUACCAGAGAACAUGGACCUUACUCAGCUUAAAGAAGGCCUCACAAACGGUACACGCUCAGCUGAGCAAUAUCUUCAAAAGUUUGGUACGGAUGUGAUCACCGCCCUCAAACAGACCGUGACUGUAUUGGAACCUGAGCAACCUGAACAAGCAGAAUCAAGCACACCUGCUGCUCGUGUCUAUGCUACCCGCAAAGAUGCUCUGAUAGCUAAAAUGCAAAACAACCCUGACACUUAUUUAAAAGAACCAGACACAAAAGACACAAAAGUGCUCGAGACGUUCAAUGCAAGCUUUGAUAUUAAGGAAUACACAGACGAGAUUGCUCAAUUAUUAGAAGAAUAUCCUAAUCUAAGAGACAUGAUGGACAAAUUAGUGCCUGUUCAAGUCAGCUAUCCAUUAUUUUGGCAGCGUUAUUUCUAUCAUGCAUGGAAGAUUGAGCAAGAUGAACAAAAGCGUCAAAUUAUUGUUCAAUCCAACGAAGAUGAUGAAGCUGAUUUCAAGUGGGAUUCUGAUGAAGAUGAUAAUGCAACUGUUAAACAAAAACAAAGAAGCUCAGAGGAUACAGACGAUUUCAGUCAUAUUUCUUCAAAUGCUACUUCACCUCCAGUUGCUCAUCCUGCAGAUGAUGAUUGGGUCAAGGCCGAAAAGAAGCAGAAUGAAGAGCAAGAAAGUGAUAGUGAUUGGGAAUAAAAAAUAAAUAAAUAAAUUAUGCUAAUUUAAAUGUCCGCAGUUACUUUUCUUUUCUCUUUUCA